AUGGCUCCAAAGAAACGCCCAGCAGCUGCCAAGGCUUCCUCUGCGAAGAAGAGCAAGACAGAAGAGGCGGAGCCCGAGAUUCACUUUGCUGUUCCACCGGCCGAGAAGGGCCCCAUGGCCACCUUACCCGAGUCACUCCCGAAGCCCGUGACCUUGCCCCUGAAAUCCACAGCGCUGAUCUGCAUCGACUUUCAGAAGGACUUCAUGUCGGAGGGUGGUUUCGGACACGCAUUGGGCAACGAUGUGACGAAACUCUCCGAGGAAUGCUUGCCAGGCGCCCAGGUUCUGCUUGCGGCCGCACGGGAAAAGAAGCUCUUG